CGCAAAUUUGCACGUUUUUUUUACAAAAGAUUUCAAUAGUUUCCAAACAGAUUAUCGUAUUAUAAAAAUAUCAAAAUAUGGUUUGGGAAGAGGUGGAAACUGCUAGAGAAGAAAACAGAUACGAGUUGGUCUUACAUGGAAGCGAAAUUUCUGAAAGAAUUUCUGCUAAAGGCUUGGACGAAUCCAUAUUUGCAUUGACCAAUCUUAACUUUCUGCAAAUAUCUCAAACCGUGUUGAAGGUUCUUCCAUCAUCUCUUGGGGAGCUAACGAACCUUCGAACUUUGGAUUUGCAUCAAAAUAAAUUGUCCAAACUACCUUCUUCCAUAGGGAAACUCUCUGAUUUGAAGUUUUUUGAUGUUUCUGGGAAUGCAUUGGAUGAACUACCUGUUGAAUUGGGAGAUCUAUCCAACAUACAUACCCUAAACCUAAGCUGUAAUGAGUUGAAAUGUUUACCAUCUUUUGAGAAGCUUCUACAUCUUUCCAAAUUUGAUUGCUCACAUAAUGAUUUGUCAUGUCUACCGGAGGGCAUUCAUCAAUUGGAGAGCCUAUAUGAACUCCGUGCUUCAAACAAUAAUAUCAAAACCAUCUCCACAGAGACCUGCCAUAAUGUCGCUCUGAAAGUGCUAGAUCUUUCUCACAAUGAACUCACAACUGUUCCAGCAGAGCUUGCUGAUUGCCACAAGUUGAAGGAACUGAUGCUUUCUGAAAAUCCUAUCGCAGAUAACCGAUUGAAGAAGCUUAUUGCCCAGUGUUCCACAAAAUCUGUGUUGGAUUACGUACGAAAUAUGAGCAGCAAGGGAAAAGGCAAGGUCAAGAAGAGCAAGAAACACAGUUCUAAGAGUGACGGGGAUAAAAAUGCGGAGGAGUCUCAAGUUGUCAUCAAAGUUGAAAGGAGUGACGACUACAGGGUUGUUGUGAAGCCGAGUGUAAUCAAUGUCCGCCCAUAUGUAGUGUGUGUCAUUGCAAAACAGAUUGAUCUUGGUCAGCCUGAUAUGUUUAAGAAGUUUAUUAACAUGCAGACAAAGUUGCAUGAAACAGCUUGUGAUCAUAGAGCUGUUGCAACUAUUGCCACACAUUGUACGAACUCGUUGUCAUUUCCACUUGUCUAUGAAGCUCUGCCUCUGGAUGAGAUCAGUCUUGUUCCUUUGGGAAAGAGCAAGUCUUUUACCGCAACCGAAUUGGUAAAUGAUUUGAAGGCAACUGCAAUCAAAGAGAAGCAGAGGACAAAACGUCAAUCAAAGUCAGGAUUAUUAAAAUAUUUAUCUCUUGUUGAAAAUGCUGAAAUUCUUGCCUGCAUUAAAACCAAUGAUGGUGAUGUCAUUUCGCUUCCUCCUAUCACCAACAGUGAAGCAAGCAAGGUCUCAUCAAAUUGCACUGAUAUCCUGAUUGAAGUGACAUCACCUUGUGAUAUAAACGUUUGUAAAAAUAUCAUGGAUGAACUAAUAAAGAGAAUGUUUGAGACAGGAAUGUAUUCAAACAUGGAACAUUUGAAAGGAAGUGGGGCUGUAGGUGACCCAGGUAAGAAGGAACUGAUUUUGAUACAAGUUCGUGGAACUGAUCAUGAAGGAAAUAUCAAAGUUGUCUAUCCAUCAAAAAAUGAUUUAUCCUUUCAAGGAAUUCAUGUCCAAUUUAUUUAAAUUGACUUUGUAGAAUUAUGAAAAGGCUAUUGAACAGACAUUUUCUAUGUCAUAU